UGAAAAGACCGGUCGCGAGAGGAGAGCCGCUUACUCGCGCUUUAGGCAUCAGAUACUCGAAAGCCAUGAAGAGGCUCGCUACGGUUUCGCUCCUCGCGUUCUUCUGCGCCGUGCUCGGCGCUGCCGCAGAUGACGGCGAGAACUCGAUUUAUGGAAUGCAGAGCCUCUCGAUAAGCGCCGACACCCAACGGAAGCACGAUCUGGUUCUCUCUCACGACGGUCAGCCUGGCUUUGAUUUUCUGCGGAUUCCACGAUCCCGAGGAUCGUCCAUCGAGCUUCUGGUCACCGCUGACAAGGUCCGGUCUUUCAAAGAGUUCCUGCAAGCCAACGACAUCGAGUACCAGGUGAUCUCCGACGAUGUGAGCAAGCAGAUUCGCGUCGAACUUAAGCAACAGAUGAGAGCUAGACUGCGCAGGAGAUCGGGUGGUGAUAGUAGCCUGAAUCUGCGAGCUUUUCCGCGCUACGAUGAGAUCCAAGCCUACAUCAUUGAGCUAGCCAAGACACACAGUGACAUUUUGAAGCCUAUCAGCAUCGGUAAAAGUUACGAAGGUCGCGACAUCGUCGGUGUCAAGUUCACGACCGACGACAAGGCCUUUCGUCCAGCGUUGCUAAUCGACGCCGGUAUCCACGCGCGCGAGUGGAUAGCCCCAACCACUGCACUCUACGCCAUCAAGCAACUCGCGGAAAACGCCAGUAAUCGGUACAUAUUUGAGAACAUCGAUGUUUACAUCAUUCCGGUUCUGAACCCUGACGGAUACGAAUACACUCACCUCGACGAAAAGACGAGAUUGUGGAGAAAGACAAGGUCUGACAAUCCGCACACUAUCUGCAAAGGUGCCGAUGCCAACCGCAACUUUGACAUCAAGUGGAUGAGUGUCGGAGCAUCUGAUUUGCCAUGCAGUAUAACCUACGCUGGUAGCCGUCCCUUCUCCGAAGCCGAAUCUCGAGCUCUGAGAGACUUCAUUCUUGCCCGACGUGACCGCAUCAAGACUUACCUGAGCUUGCACUCGCAUGGACAGUAUCUUCUUCAUCCAUGGGGUUUCACAUCUGAUCUUCCCAAGAACGAGCCUGUGCUGAGAUGCGCAGCUAUAAACGCAGCUUCCGAGCUCUAUAAAAUCCACGGCACCCGCUAUCAGAUCGGUAGUUCCACCAAUGUCUUAUAUCCAGCUGCAGGUGGCAGCGACGACUGGACGAUGGGUGUAGCUGGAGUGGACCUUGCCUACACUGUCGAGUUACCCGGUGGCGUCUACGGUUUCGCCCCACCACCCAGUGCCAUCAUUCCCGUGGGUCGCGAGACUUUCGAGGCCAUCAAAGUUUUCGCCCGAUACGUCAACGGCGAGAUCUGCCAGGGUCUCGUAUGAGCGUUUCGUUCAUAUAACUAUAUCUAUACAUAUAUACAUAGUUCUGACUGCCGGUAUCGGACCAUCCGAAUAAGUGGAGUGAACACUUACGUAUGUACUUGUGUUUUCAUGCACUUGAUUGUGAUUCAACGUGCUUGCAGUAGCUCCAAAUUUAAUAAAUUGUUAUUUUUGAAAAAAA